AGUGCUCGGUGUCGCCGGCGCGCGCAGCGGCUGGAGCGGCAGGGAGAGGCCGGGCCACCUCCCCCUUCCCGGCCAUGCACCGCCUCGCCCACGGCGGUUCCAGGCACCACACUCUCCGCCCGGGCUGCGCCCGCUGUGGCAGCAACAAGCUCCUGCGGCCGCCGGCACCGUCCACGGAGGAGCAGCGCCCGCCCUCCCCACCCCCAUCACCGAUUCCCGUCUCCACCGGGACACGCCGCCCAGCAGUCCGCGCCGCCCCCUGGUCAACUUUGAGCAGGAGGAGAAGCAACUUUGACAGUGGCCGCGGAUUUCGAAUCCCGCUUCUCCUCGGCGGCAGCAGCCUCGCGGGUCGCUGGGGUUAGGCGGCACAAGAGUUUCCCGGGCGCCUCUGUGCUGCGUCUGGCGGUUUGCAACCUGUUUCCAGAGAGCAGGGAGCGGGAUUGUGGCUACUAGUCAUCUGAAGAAGGGGAACUUGUUUUUCUUUCCCUUUCACGACCUCGUCUUCUACUGGAUAAAGCAGUAUCGAAAGGAUGUAAAUAGGCAGAGCAACUGUUACCAAGAAGGCAACCAACCAAAGGCAGGGAGGAGCGUGGGGCUUCGUUGGGCUUCUCCCAGUCGCAACAUUAAUCAAUAGUCAGGUGUUGGUUGCAACUUUUCAAGGUCAGCCACCGGGAGCAGCGAUUCCCUCUCUGAACCUUGGGGAUACGCGGCACUUGGGUUGGAUUUGGCUGAGAAAUGCACAGGACGCCAAACGAGGAAGGAUUGUAGAGGGGGAGGGUUGUGACCCCAAGACCCAUCCCCCAACCUCCCCGUAAUCUCCCGUCCCCCGCAGCCGGGGCGGGGGUGAGUAUGUGACAUGUGUCUAACUCUCAGCAGCAACUUAGGCAGCAGGUGUCGGUCCUAAGCGGGAGCCGCGGCUGCCGGGCGCGUCCUCACGGAGCCAUGCGGGCCCCGGGGGCGCCUCUCGCCCGCACAUCGCGGCUGCUGCUUCUGCUACUGCUCAAGCUUUCUGCAUCUCUUGCCCUCGGGUCCGCCCCUGCGCCCAGGAACGAAACUUGUCUGGGGGAAAGCUGUGCACCUAUACUGAUCCAGCGUCGCAGCAGGGACGCUUGGGGACCACGAAAUUCUGCAGGAGACCUUCUGCUCACCCGUGCGCCCAGAGAGGAGGAGCAGGAGGCAGCGGCGCGCCUGGCGCCCUCGUGGGACCUACUGGUGGCCCGGGGCGGUGACCCAGGUGCAGGCAGAGGGGUGGAGGCGUCGGCAGAUGAGCCCUGGGGACCUCCAGCCAGACCGCCUGGCGCCUGGAGGUGGAAAGGUGCCCGGGGUCAGGAGCUCCCUGGAACUUUGGGGAGAGGGAACCCCACGGCUCUCCAACUCUUCCUUCAGACCUCAGAGGAGAAGAAGGGUCCCAGAGGCGCUGGCAUUUCCGGGAACAGCCAGGAGCCUAGUGUGAGGGCAGAACCCGGAACCAGCGACCUUUAUUACUGGCCAAGGAGAGCCGGGAAACUCCAGGGUUCCCGCCACGACCUCCCACCCAAGACGGUCAAUGGACCGUCCGGUUACGAAGGGCGGACGAUUGCACCCCCAGGCAGGGCGCUGGCCCAGAAUGGGUCCUCGGGUGAAGGGAUCCACGAACGCGGGGGUCCCCGCCGGGGCAACAGCACGAACCGACGUUUGCGACUGAAGAACCCAUUCUACCCCUUGACCCAGGAGUCAUACGGAGCCUAUGCGGUCACGUGUUUGUCGGUGGUGAUCUUCGGGACCGGCAUCAUUGGCAACCUGGCGGUGAUGUGUAUCGUGUGUCAUAACUAUUACAUGCGGAGCAUUUCCAACUCUCUGUUGGCCAACCUGGCCUUCUGGGACUUUCUCAUCAUCUUCUUCUGCCUUCCGCUUGUCAUCUUUCACGAGCUGACAAAGAAGUGGCUGCUGGAGGACUUCUCCUGCAAGAUUGUGCCCUAUAUCGAGGUUGCUUCUCUUGGAGUCACUACCUUCACCUUAUGUGCUCUCUGUAUAGACCGCUUCCGGGCCGCCACCAACGUACAGAUGUAUUAUGAAAUGAUCGAAAACUGUUCUUCAACAACUGCUAAACUUGCUGUUAUAUGGGUGGGCGCUCUACUGUUAGCUCUUCCAGAAGUUGUUCUCCGCCAGCUGAGCAAGGAGGAUUUGGGGUUGAGUGGCCGAGCUCCUGCGGAGCGCUGCAUUAUCAAGAUCUCUCCUGAUUUACCGGACACCAUCUAUGUUCUAGCCCUUACCUACGACAGUGCGAGGCUCUGGUGGUAUUUUGGCUGUUACUUCUGUUUGCCCACGCUUUUCACCAUCACCUGCUCUUUAGUGACUGCGAGGAAAAUCCGCAAAGCAGAGAAAGCCUGUACCCGAGGGAAUAAGCGGCAGAUUCAGCUAGAAAGCCAGAUGAACUGUACAGUGGUGGCUUUGACCAUUUUGUAUGGAUUUUGCAUUAUUCCUGAAAAUAUCUGCAAUAUUGUUACUGCCUACAUGGCCACAGGGGUUUCCCAGCAGACAAUGGAUCUUCUUAAUAUCAUCAGCCAGUUCCUUUUGUUCUUUAAGUCCUGUGUCACCCCGGUCCUCCUCUUCUGUCUGUGCAAACCCUUCAGUCGGGCGUUUAUGGAGUGCUGCUGCUGUUGCUGCGAGGAGUGCAUUCAGAAGUCUUCAACAGUCACCAGCGAUGACAAUGACAACGAGUACACCACAGAACUGGAACUCUCACCUUUUAGUACCAUCCGCCGUGAAAUGUCUACUUUUGCUUCCGUUGGAACUCAUUGCUGAAGGGCAGCCUUUGGUUUGGUUAGGUUGGUUUAUUUGCUUGAUUUUCAUAUCCUGUGCAGGUUUUUACUUUGUAUUUUUCCUGACUGGGAAAAAAUGCAAAAAGAGAGAAAUAUUAACUACUGUAGAACUGAUUUUGCAAAUUAAUAUUUGUGCUUUGAAAAAAAAGUUUAUAUUUAGUUAUUUAAGAAGUAUGAGAAGGCCAAUAGUUUUAGAUCAUUUUGUCUGGUAUGGUGCUAAUAUUUUAUUUGAAAACGUUACUGCACCUAAACUUAAUUAAUUGCUAAUUUUCUUUUAAAAUAUAAUCGCUGUAUGUUGAUUAUAGCCAUGUGAUUUUUGUAGGUUAUUUCAUGUUUGAGUUGUGAUUGAAAGUAUAUUGUAUAUUGAAUCGUGAGAUGAUUUGUGGUUAAGAAGCAUUCACAAAGUAGCACCAAAUAAAUUCCACUUUAUUCUUUAAUGUCAUUGUCAAUCUGCUUUUAACCCAGAUUCAAUAAAUCUUUAAAUUGCCUUAAAUGCACAAUUUCUGGCUCUAUGCACAAUUUAAAAUUGGCCUUAUUGUUUUAUAAUUCUAUUUUCCUUUAAGG